CGCAGCAGAAACAAGUGAAACUGCAGGUUGAUGAUGUUUUUCUGACAGGAAUCAAACCGACAACUGUGACAGACAGGCUGACAAGACAACUUCACAGACUUAUUUCUUUCUUACAGCUUCUGCAAAAACAUGACGUCACAACUCAGCACUAACAACAGACACGUGUUCUGUGAAGCAGCGAUGAAGGAGCAGAACUUUAAAGAGGAGGUGGUGAAGAUCAUGGAGGAGGCACCAAACGCCCGGAAAGCUCUGCUGGAAAACUACGACAACCUGCUGAAUGUGGCCGACUACUGCUGCAACAACUACAUACAGUCAGGUGAGGGCAACAUGAAGGCACUGGAGGAAACUAAGAACUUCACCACCCAAUCACUGGCGAGCGUUGCCUACCAGAUCAGCACUCUGGCCAGUAGCGUUCUGAGUCUGCUAGACGCUCAGACCAAUCAGCUUUGUCACAUGGAGUCUUCCAUCAACCUCAUUGGUCAGACGGUUGAGAUGCACAAAGAGAAAGUAGCUCGGAGAGAAAUCGGCGCCUUCACAGCGGUGAGACGAGUCCCACGCAGCCACAAGAUCGUCCCUCCUUCUCAACCUCCCGCUGGUACACAGCAACGCCCAUCCUACAGCCGCCGUCCAAUCAACUACCAGCAGCUUGACAGCGUGGGACACGGCAUGAAGGUCUCUGGGAAACAGUCAGACCGAACAGGAACUAUCCGGAAGCACGGAGCCUCCGUCAGGUCCAACAAAUCCCUGGAGCCGGUCCAGUGCCCGGUGGCACCCCCUGUCACUGGCUCCAGUUUCGGGAAACCUGUUGCUCCGCCCACCAUUCCCACCACCUACCCGGCCACACCUGAGUGUGACAUCAUCCCUGUCCUCCUGGACGAUGCUCCGCCUCCUCCUCCUCCUCCUCCUCCACACGCUGCGAAUGGAAUAUCAAGUCUGGAUGAGGAGGUUAAUAACUCCUCCAUCCCACCACCACCACCUCCACCUGACUCAUCAGUACUAAUGGCGGCACCGCCCCCUCCUCCUCCUCCUCCACCGGAGUCAUCGGGAGCGUUGAUGGCGCCAGUUGCUCCGCCCCUUCCUCCUACAACACACGGUUCAUCGGGAGUAAUGGUGGCACCAGUGGCUCCACCCCCUCCUCCUCCCCUCAACGGGGCUCCCCCGCUGAGCCUGGAGACAGUAUUGGAGGAGAGCAGCCUCCCACCGCCCUCGCCUCUUCCUCCCCCACCCGAUGAUGACAGCUUCCCUCUGCUACCCAAUGACGGCUCAGAACUUCCGGCCCCGCCCCCUCCACCUCCAUCCAGCCAGGAUGUAGAAGUGACCCUCCCUACCAGGAGGAGCCGCCGCCGUCGCUCGCCCCCCACCACUCGCUCUCUCUCUAUGAGGGUCCGCUCUGGCCCCGCCUCCCGCUGCCGCCACACACGCUCUCUCUUUCUGCCUGCUGUCCAGUCAUUGAUGAUCCCCCCUCCUCCCCCCUACCCUCCCCCAAAUGCUCCUCCUCACCCCUCCUCCUCCUCCUCCUCCUCUUCCUCCUCCUCCUCCUCGCCUCGGCUCUGCUUACCUGCUCGCCUCGAACACCUGGAUCUAGAGAUCCCAUCUACGCCCCCUCCUCCGCUGUUCGAUGACAUGGGUGUUUUUGAUGACAUCAUGCCACCUCUCCCUCCACCAGUGGACUACGACAUGGACGCCCCCCCACAGUACCUCGAGAAAGUGGUGGUGCUGUACAGCUAUGAGGCCUCCAAACCGGACGACCUCUCCAUGGCAGAGGGCGACAUCAUCUACCUGACACAUCGUCAUGACAACGGCUGGUGUGAGGGCUUUCUCAAUGGGAACAGAGGCUUCUUCCCUUCAAACUACAUCCAGUCAUGUGGCUAGACCGAAGCCCCGCCCUCAAUCCGAGGCUUCACAAGGAUUUGUUAUAUUAUUGCAAACUUAUCAAUCAGCGUUUUAAUAUUUAUCUGAACUUCUGCCCCACGGUGGUACAAAACUGUAACAACAGGUACCCAAGAAUUGAACAGUAUUUAUAUAACUUAAUGUUUUAAAGGAGCAAUAUGUAACUCUGACACGUAGCAUUUAAAAAUAAAAUACUUCAGCCCAAAUUCAAAACAUUGGAGAGAGCUGCCUCCCCUCCUCCCUACAGUCUUCACGGACAGGGAAGCUUCAGUGUUUAUCCAGCUCUGCAUGGGUCUUGAAACAUUUCCGCGUUCUAACCUCUCUCCA